AUGUUGUUUGAUCAUGUGGCCGAAGAAAGGCAGGAGAAGAACUUCACGAUUUGGGUGCAGUCCCUUCUGGGAAAGUCUCCGGAGCAUCUCGCCAUGCAUCUCGCGGCAACACACCGCGCCGGAAGACCAAUAGCAGCGUGUCGUUGGAAAAAUGGUUCUUUCAAUAUCUGCUAUAGGGUCAAGUACGACGACGGAUUCCACGCUGUCGUUCGGUUCGCCGCUCUGGGGAGGACCAUCCACCGCAGAGAGAAAGUUAACGACGAGGUUGCCAUCAUGAGAUACUUGAGUCAAUACACUUCCAUCCCAGUCCCUGAUGUUCUGGGAGCUGGGACAUGUUGGGCAGGGCCCUACGUCGUCAUGUCCUUUGUCGAGGGAGAAUCAUUAGCCACUUUGCUUCAGGACCCUUUUCAAACCGAUCGGCCGGCCCUGAAUCCGAGGAUGAGUGAUCGAGCGCUGAAAAAGGCGUAUCGGGCAAUGGCCGAGCUACACCUUGGCCUGUCGAAAUCAGAGUUUCAUCGGAUUGGAGGACUCGAGCAUGACGGAGAGAGCUUCACGGUCACCAAAAGACCGUUGACGUACAAUAUGAACGAACUGGCCGCUUCAGCAAACCUCCCACCUCGAGUUUUUCCUACACAACCUUGCGACUCUGCGAACGUUUACUUUACACUACUUGCCGAUCAGCAGCUUUCUCAGCUCCGGCACCAGCGUAAUAAUGCAACCACCGAUCAAGACGACUGCCGAAAGAAAUAUGUGGCCCGGUGCUUGUUUCGGAAAAUUGCCCGCAACGUCUCGACGGAGCACUCCCACGGCCCCUUCCGUUUGUAUUGCGACGACUUCCGACCCUCCAACGUUCUUGUCGACCUACAAGAUCUUCACGUCACGGGCGUCGUCGAUUGGGAAUUCACUUACGUGGCUCCCGCCGAGUUUGCGUACGUGGCGCCCUGGUGGCUAUUGCUCCAGAGCCCAGAGGACUGGGAGUCUGAUCUCCACGAGUUCGUGAGGCGGUUCGUGCCACGACUUCGUCUCUUUCUCGAGGCUCUGCGUGAAUGCGAAGAUCAGAUGGCCGAGGAAGGAAAUGGCGCACCGGCAGAUUCACAACGCGUGUCUGCCCGGAUGGAGCGGUCGCUCGACACUGGGCUAUUCUGGGUCUGUCUUGCUGCGAGAUAUAGCUCCAUGUUCGACGAAAUCUACUGGACUUUUAUCGACGAGAUGUAUCACGGACCUUUUACCUCGGUCGAAGACCGACUUGGACUGUUGAGCGAGGAAGAGAGACUCAGUCUCUAUGAGUUUGUUCUUGCCAAGAUGGAACACGUUACGGUUGGACCUCUAGAGACGUACUACAGCGUGGACGAUUUGGUGGACCUCUGA